AUGUAUGCUGCCAGUCCGGUCAAGAAGCAACCUACCUUGGAUCUCGGCAACGCCAUACGACAGGGUGUCGUUUUCCAAACACAUACGGGAGAUCAACGCCUAGAUGAGCAUUUGGGAUACAUCAGAAGGGUGAAAUGGGCUUCGACAUCUCUUGGACCACUGGAGUCAUGGCCUCAGGACUUGACACAACUCUGCCAUAUCUGCUUGCUGGACCCGCAACCGCGUCUUCUUAUUCUCGGAUCUGAUCGUGUGUUGUUCUAUAAUGAAGCGUAUGCGGAGAUGUGCGGCAACAAGCAUCCAGGCGCCCUGGGUCAGACUCUUAUCGAAGCUUGGGGUGAUGUGGCUAUGGACGCUAUCACCACGCCUUUGGCCACCGCAGAGACUACGGGACGACGAGUCGAGCUUAGAGAUCAACCACUGGUGUACGAGCGGAAUGGCUUCCUCGAAGAAGUCUAUCUCUCAUGGACGGUCAUACCAUUAGUUGGAACAACUCCAGGUUUCUACGUAUCAUUGACAGAUGUGACGGAGACGACACUAGCAGAGAAGAGGCGAGCUGCCCUCCGAGCACUCAACACUGCUUGGGAUGUUGUCAAGGAUCCUCGCAAGUUCUGGCAAAGCAUCCCGAAAAGUCUGGCUUUGGACCCAUCUCUGUUCCCUUUCGCAUUUCUUUACGUUGCAGGUUCAAGUACAGGCUCAGAUCGUUCUAUCGACACUUCCCCGGAACCAACUCAUGAAAUGCGAUUCAAGCUUGAAGGGGCUGUUGGAAACCCCACGAUAACCUCGACAUUACCAGAAGAGCUAGGAUCCGACCACUUUGCCUCAGUCUCGGAUCUGAGAGACCCGAUCCCAAUUCGACAGAACGAGGUUCCUGGUUCGAUGCAGUCGUUAUUAACACAAGAUUGUAUUCUGGUUCCGAUACGUUCGAACCGAUCGGAAAAAAUCAUCGCAUAUCUCUUCCUUGGAACAGAUUCAAAGCGACCUUACAACGAGACUUAUCGAGAAUGGAUUCACGAGUUUUCUAGAUGCCUGGGUAAUGCUGUGACGGACGUUCUCCUUUCCGAGGAAGAGAAGCGCAAGCAACACUACCGGGCCGCACAGGCUGCCAGAGAGCAACAUCUUCUAGCCACCGCACUCGCAAAUCGUGACAGAGAGGCGGUAGCCGUGACCGAUCAAUUCCAGCGUACACUCAAGGUUGUGGAUAUGGCUGGCGUUGGCAUCUUUGAGUACGAUCUUGAAGGUCGGCUGAUAUACGCCAAUGAGGCUUACAAGGCCAUAACCCACUGUCUACCCAAAAGCAUGCAUGGAGACAAGCUGGUAUUCCUAGACAUGAUAUACCCAGAAGAUGCCGAGUACAUCAUGUCAAAAUGGAACUGCGCCGCUGGCGGCAAGUCUUGUACUUUUGAAAUGAGGUUUAAAACUCCCGACGGUCAUGGUGUCUGGGUUCUUGCAGCUGUUAUUCCAGUGUUCGAAAAUGGGGUCAUCACAAGUGUAUCUGGAUGUACCACAAACAUCCACGACACUAAGUUGAGAGAGACAGAGUCCGUACAGCGACUGCAAGCACUCGAAAGAGCCAAGUCGUGGGAGCGGCGUUUCGCGAAUUUUGCCGAAAUGGCUCCUAUUGCCAUUUACUUCGGGACGCAGGCUUAUCACCAACUUUCUUACUGCAACCACGCAUGGUUUGAGAUGACUGGACAUCCAGUUGUGCCCUUUGAGAAGAUCAAUUGGGCAAGCAUAAUCUACGAGGAGGAUAUUGAACUCGUCAGGAGUCACUGGACUCGUGUGUUCGACACCGAAAAGCCCAUAAACGUGCAAUUCAGACUGAGACGAAGCUGGGUUGACGGAAAUGGAGUGACCAUAGGUCCUGUGUGGGUCACUGCAUCUGCGCUGCCUGAAUACAAGGAAGAUGGAACUGUCAAAGGCAUCAUUGGCACCAUGCUAGACAUCUCGGCACUAAAGUUCGCAGAGACGGUGCAGCAGAUGAAAGUACAGGAAGCCAUGGAAGCAAAACGCCAAUCUUCGAACUUCAUCGACAUGACAUCGCAUGAGGUAUACUUGAAAGAAACACAUGUAGCCUUUGUGAAUGUGCUGACNUCUCGGCAGAUUAGAAACCCUCUUGGUGCAGUAUUCCACUGUUCUGAUGCCGCGCAAGAAAUUCUGGCCGAUAUGACAGUCCUCGCAAAUCGAUUGGCCUCCACCACAGAGUCCAAGAUUGGGGGACAGCUGCACGAACUAAUCGCAAGUGGCGUUGAUUCAGUCAACACAAUCAUAUCCUGCUCGCAACAUCAGAAGAGAAUCGUGGACGACAUCCUCGUACUCUCAAAACUCGACUCAAACCUCCUCCAAAUCACACCCUCAGCCGUCCAAGUAACAACCCUCUUACACGACGUGGANAAAAUGUUCGAAGCCGAAUCCCAACGAAGCGACGUCCAACUCGAAACCCAAGCGCACGCCUCCCUCAACCAAUUGAACGUGUGCUACGCAAUGCUAGACCCAGGCCGCGUCCAACAAGUCCUCAUCAACCUCCUCACUAACGCCAUCAAAUUCUGCAANAAGAAGAAUCAGCGAAAAGUCACCAUUCGUGUUGGCGCUUCCAAGAUACGGCCUUCGGAAAACGUGCUGCCGGAUAUUGAUUUUGUGGUUGCGCAUAGUUUGCAUGAUUGUGCGUAUGAUGAUCCAGAGUUUGAGGAUCGGAGCUUUUAUCUUUGGUUUAGUGUCGAGGAUACGGGGAGGGGUAUGUCCGCGGAUGAGAAGAGCCGUAUUUUUGCGAGGUUUACUCAAGGCUCCCCACGUACGGAAUCGGAGUAUGGAGGUUCGGGGUUGGGUCUGUUUAUCUCGCGUGAGCUUGCGGAACUCCAAGGUGGAGAGAUUGGUGUGGCCAGUGAACUCCACGUCGGCAGCACGUUUGCCUUUUUCAUAAAGACCAGACACACAGAAGCACCCAUCACAGCGUCUAUGCACAACAACCUGACCCUCCAACAAAGAAACCAAACAGACACACAAGCCCAAGCAACCAAGAAAUCCGACAUCCACAUCCUCAUCGUCGAAGACAACGCCGUAAACCAAAAACUGCUCCGCCAACAACUCUCCAAACACGGGUUCUCAGUCUCGACCGCGGACAAUGGUUUAGACUGUCUCUCUGCUCUUCAAAAGACAAAGCUUUAUCGCUCUAAUACCUCUGCCUCUGCGCCUUCACCCUCGGUAAUCUUGAUGGAUAUAGAGAUGCCACUUAUGGAUGGAUUACAAGCAACCAGGGAGAUCAGGAAAUGGGAGACAGAAGGGAAGUUAAGCGGACACGUGCCCAUUAUUGCGGUAUCGGCGAAUGCGAGACAAGAACAGAGGGAUGGGGCUAUGGAGGCGGGGAUGGAUGAUGGGAUUAGCAAGCCAUUCAGGAUUGCUGAGUUGGUGCCCAAGAUUGAAAGGUUGGCUGGUUGGACUUGA